UUUUAACUGCCCAAAGUUCUCUAUUUAGUUAUAACAAAACAAAUUUAAAUGGAAUUUACAGAAUUAAUUAAGACAUCAAAGGUGGAUAAUGUUGUUUUAUUGAGACAUGGUGUACAACAAAUUACUGGCACAUUAUGUUUGACAAGCCACCACAUUAUUUUUGGUGAUCGUUUUUCUGAGGAAAUUAUGAUUCUCUACUUAUUCAUUGAACAUCUUGAAAAGAUUAUUACACCAAGUAAUUCUUUGUUAACAAUUAUUUGCAAAGAUCUUACAUCAUUUAAACUGAGGAUACCUAAAGAAGAAGAUGCUGUAAAUGUUGUUUUGUCAAUUGAAGCCUUAAGUGCUCUUGAGAGUGCUGCUUCUUACUAUCCGUACUAUGUCAAUAGAAUAAAUUUUAACAUUGAGUCAGAUGGAUGGGCCUUAUUUGAUAUGAAGACUGAGUACUUGAACAUUAUUGGGGAGUUUAAAACAUGGAAAAUAAGUAAUAUAAAUGCAAAGCAUGAGAUAUGUUUGUCUUAUCCUGGCCUAGUAAUUGUGCCUUCAAAUGCUACCAAUGAGAUGAUUAAAAAGUCAGCAAAGUUUCGUCAUGGCGGUCGUUUUCCAGUCCUUUGUUAUUUGCAUUCAAAUGGAGUUCCAUUAAUGCGUUCUUCACAACCUCUGAAUGGUCCAAGUAAUAAGCGAUGUAAAGAGGAUGAAAAACUUCUUUCAUUUCCAAUUUCAGCACAUAUCAAGAAAGGUCAUAUCAUUGAUACCAGGUCUCAACAGGCUGCUUCCAGUCAUCGAAGUAAAGGAGGUGGUUUUGAAGAAAGUGACCAUUAUUCACAAUGGAAACAAACUUACCACAACAUAGAGCCAUAUACUUAUUUGAGUGAAAGCUUAUCAAAGCUUUAUGAUGCAUGCAUAGAUAAAAAAAAUAGUGCAUGGCUCAGUAAGUUGGAAGCAAGUGGUUGGUUAAGUUAUGUACAGUCAGUUUUGAUAGCUGCCUCAAAUACAGCAAGACACUUACAUUAUGAAGCUUCUCCUACAUUGGUUCAUGGAGAAAAAGGUACAGAUUGUACAUUGUUAGUAACAUCAUUAGCACAAAUAUUGCUUGAUUAUCGAUGUCGGACUGUUAUUGGCCUUCAAUCUCUUAUAACUCGAGAAUGGAUUUGGGCAGGCUAUCCAUUUACUGAACGUCACUUAAAAAUAGGUGUUUCCUCAUUCAAGAGGAAAGAACAAGCUCCUGUUUUUCUAAUGUUUCUUGACUGUUUACAUCAGAUAAUGAAUCAGUAUGCUUCAUCAUUUGAAUAUACUGAAGACAUGCUGUUGUUACUUGCUGAACAUGUGUAUGCUUCUCAGUAUGGUACUUUUUUGUUUAAUAAUCAACUGCAGAGAGAACAGUCAAAAGUAACAGAGCGUACAGUAUCACUUUGGUCAUAUAUGAAUCGCCAAGAGAUGAACGGGAUUUUGUAUAAUCCUAUAUAUGAAGAAAACAAAAGUAUUUUAUCCCCAUCUGUUUCUCCGCAGAGCCUGUGGGUGUGGGAAAAGAUGUUUAGAAAGACUUCUUAUGAAUGUAAAUCCGUAAAAGAAGCAUUAGUUAGUGUUAAAAAAGACAACAGUUUGCUUAAAAAAAGUGCAAAGCAGCUUCAGUUGGAUUAUGAACAUCUUAGAGCGCAAUUCGCCGCUGGAUGAUCUUCUCCUAUAGCCUGAAUUUUUAGUGUUUUAGCGUCUUUUAAAAUUAAUGUUAUUGUUUAUUAUUGGCUUCCAUUUAUUAUUUCUUAUCGAAAUAUAAAUAUAUA